CUUACUGAAAAAUAUGGGGACAUCUUCAGCAUGCAGAUGGGCAGCUUAUCGGUUGUGUUCAUCAACGGGCUGCGGCUGAUUAAGGAAGUUCUUGUAAACCAAGGGGAAAACUUCAUGGACCGCCCUGAUAUUCCUAUCGACAGGGAGAUCUUCAGCAAGAUAGGACUGGUCUCCUCCAACGGGCACUUGUGGAAGCAGCAGAGGAGGCUCACCUUGACCACCCUCCGAAACUUCGGCUUGGGGAAGAGGAGCCUGGAGGAGCGCAUCCAGGAGGAGUGCCGGUGCCUCGUGGAUACCUUUCUGGACGAGCAGGGGAAUCCUUUCGACCCCCACUUCAAAAUCAAUAACGCCGUUUCAAACAUCAUCUGUUCCAUCACCUUUGGCAAUCGGUUUGACUACAACGACGAGGCCUUCCAAAAACUGCUGCGGCUGAUAGACGAGACGGUUAGCCUCCACGGGACCAUCAUGAGCCAGCUGUACAACUCCUUCCCAUCCAUACUAAAGUUCUUCCCCGGAUCCCACCAAACCAUUUUUAAAAACUGGAGGUUGUUGAAAAGUUUUGUGAAAGAGAAGAUCGAGAAACACAAGGAGGACUGGAACCCCUCGGAGAGUCGGGACUUCAUUGACAGCUACCUGCAGGAGAUAGCCAAGGGCAACGGGAUCUUCCAGGAGGAAAACCUCGUGGCAUGUGCGGUCGACCUGCUGUUCGCCGGGACGGAGACCACUUCCACAACCAUCCGCUGGGCCCUGCUGUACAUGGCCAUGCACCCCGAAAUCCAAGCCCGCGUGCAUGCCGAGAUCGACACCGUCAUCGGGCAGGCACGGCAGCCGGCCCUGGAGGACAGGGGCAACAUGCCCUACACCAACGCCGUCAUCCACGAGGUGCAGAGGAAAAGCAACAUCAUCCCUUUCAACGUGCCGAGACAGACGGUGAAGGACACGGUCUUGGAUGGCUUCCACAUCCCGAAGGUAACUCCCCUCCUGAGCGCGGAGACUUUAGCAAGGGAUGAGGGAAAGGCU